CACAUCGAAUCGCCGAUCAUGACGUUGCUCCCCAGCAUGACUACGAACCAGAUCGCCGAAGUGACUCGGGCCUAUGCGGACGUGCAGGCCGGCGGGAAGGCGUUCUGGGAGAGCAUCAUAAGCAAUGUGGCGCACAGGGUACUCCUUGAGUGA